GCCCUUUAAGCUUCAGUCUGUAACUGUGUGUCAGCAGGGGAUGAGAGGGAAGGUGCCAGGUCUCUCACACACUCCCCUGCUAACUAACAAUAACUGAACUCUUUAAGCAGACUCCUAACAACAUUGCUAAUAAUAUAGACUAACUAUGGCAUCCCCAAGAAUUAGAUUUCCCUAUGUCAAAAGAUACAAAUUAUUUAUCUUCUGGUCAACAAUAAUACUGGCGUUCACAGGCCACAACAUGGAAGUGGUGACUCUGUGUGUGUGUGUGUCAGCUGCUGGCCAUGAAUGACUCACAACCGUCAAAGUCACCAGUCUGUCUAUCUGUCAUUGUAGGAAUUUCACCAGUUUGGACCCAGAUACAUAACCGAACAUUGGGUGCUGCCGAAUCUAUUCUUUGACACAAACAUUAUGGCCCAAUCAAGUUUAAAGCAAUAUCUCCGAUCUCUCCGCUGGACUCCUCUACCAGUCGGUGUUGGUCUUGCACUAAUUGCAUUCCAACAGUACAGACACACUCGUAAGAGGGAGGCAGCAAAACUUGGCCAGUUGGAGCCAUGUGACUGUUUAGCUGAUGAAUGGGAAGUUGAAGCAUACAAGUUAUUACCUCUCCGGUCCUUCUCACGAGCAUGGGGAUGGGUAAAUGGACUUGAGUUACCAGAAUGGUCUAGGAAGUCAGUGCUUGGUCUCUUUGUGAGAACCUAUGGUUGUAACAUGGCUGAAGCAGAAGUAGAGGAUCUGAAUAAAUACAAAUGCCUCUCUGAGCUGUUCCGACGUACACUGAAGGAUGGCUUGCGACCGCUAGACAUGUCUGCCUCAGUGGUUAGCCCAGUUGAUGGUAGAAUUUUAUCUUUUGGAAUUGUUAGCUGUGGCAUGUUGGAUCAAGUUAAGGGUGUGUCAUAUCCUCUACGGAAGUUCCUGGGUCCCAAUUGUUGGAGUGAAGGAGGCCCCAUGGUAGUGAACAAGGAUGACGAUGACUGCUUCCACCGUUCAUGCCUCAGGGAUUGUGAAAAUAACACGCUAUACCAGUGUGUAAUCUACCUAGCACCUGGUGACUACCACCGCUUUCAUUCCUGUGCUGAUUGGAAAGUUAAUUUUCGGAGGCACUUUCCUGGGGAACUGUUGAGUGUAAAUCCUUCUAUAGCAGCGUGGGUCAGGAACCUUUUUGUUUUGAAUGAAAGGGUUACAUAUGUAGGACAUUGGAAGUAUGGAUUUUUGUCAAUGACUGCAGUUGGUGCUACCAAUGUUGGGUCUGUUAGAGUGUACUUUGAUGAUGACCUUAAUACAAAUGAGAAAAAGUGGAACAGCAGUAUUUUCCAUGAUAAGUACUUUAAAGAGAAGUCAAUUGAACUUUCUAGAGGAGGAGAGUUUGGGGAAUUCAACUUGGGAUCAACCGUUGUCCUUGUCUUUGAAGCUCCCAAAGAUACAACGAUAUGUGUUGACAUUGGACAAAAAGUGAGAAUGGGCCAAGCAUUAUUUAGAAUACCUAAUUCAUAUGUAGGGAAAGCCAGAAGUGAGAUUGUUCAUCCAGGCCCACAACGAUAGACCUGUGCUUAGCAAUGGCAGACACUUGAUGUGCUCAGUACUGGAAAUGGUUAAUGCCAGGAGAACAAUUGUCAUGAAGACUUCCUAAAGAACCAACAUAUUUUGUUGAUAAUAUUAUUUAUGAUAUUAUAGAAUCAAAAUAUCUUGGUUGUCAAAGUGAUUUAAGAAGAAAUGUGUUCAGUGUGACAGAGGCUAGUCAGGUUUUAAAAUAAAAUAAAAUGUGAAUGUGAGACCUCCACAAAAAAUUACCAUUGUUGUAGAAUUACAAUACUAAUCAAAGAUGCCAUAUUUUUAUCAGUUACAGCUUGUUGUUAGUUGGUUUAUUGUUGUUUGCAUAAAUACUCUAUGGUGUUUUUAAUUUACAAUAUUUUGUUUUUACGUUGUGCCAAUUUUGAAAAGGUAAA